UGAUUCAGAUGAGCUAGUGAUGAUUUGAUCUUCAUCCAAAAGCAAAAACCAUUCAGAGACGAAUGAAGCUCCAGCUGUGACCCACAUCUACCUGUUCUGAACCUGUAUGCGUCUCUUCCGCCUUCCUCCUCCCCCUCCUCCUCCUCCUCCUCCUUCAGGUUGGGUGGAGCCGCUUUUACCUGGACUGUGAAACACAGCAGAGAAGAGUAAUUCAAGAAUUCAAAUAUGGCAGUAUAGCUGGACUUUAUCGUAUUUUAUCGAAUAAUAAUUAAGUGUCUAAUGUGACGUUAGGUGACGUUAUGAGCCAGCCGCCCCGUUCAAACCGGGGACACCGGGAGAGGAACGGAGACCACCGAAACUACCGGGACUCACACGAUGACAGGCGGUCAUCACCGGAGGACAGGUCCUCCUCUCGACCCCCGUACUACCCCAGAGAAAAUGACGCCCCUCCAAAACAUCAUGCUCGGGACGUCCCUCGAGUGGAGCACCAUGACUCCAAAUGCACAAACGUUUGCUCCAGGAGAGGCAUCGUGCUGAUCUGUGCCAUUCUGACAAACGCCCUGGUCCUGAUCUGCGUGAUUGCAGCUCACAUGGUGUCAUCAGGCCUGUCCGCCAUGGGUGGGCUAGGCGGCUUUGACAUCAACUCCAACUUCAACCUGCAGGGCACGGAGCUGCAGAAAGCACGAGAACUGGACGCGCAAUACAGCCAGAUGAGAGCACCGGGCCUCUAUGGAGGCAUCCCUUUCAGCCUGACAUUCGGCGUCCUCUCGUUGCUGUUUGUGGUCGCAGGAACUAAACCACCCUACCUGAUGUCCCGGAAGCUUUUGUACGGAGCUCUGGUGUUCCAGGCAGUGGGUGCAGUGGCGUACGUGGUAGCUGUGGGGCUCUACUUGCACUUCAUCAUUGGGGUCAAUGCCACUGAUGUGUGUCAGCAUCGUGAGAGGCUAUACGCACGCAGCGGCUACACGUGGAUGAACUGUGACGUAAGCGGGGCAGAUGCAGCUGUGGCUCUGUUCGGGCUCAUCACGGCCGUCCUUUAUGCUGUUGGCACCGUUCUCACCGUGCAGACCAUCAGAGGGGUGAAGCGCUACCAUCAGGAGCGAAAACGCAGGGAGGCCGAGAAGCAGCAAGCCAGAGCCAACCCUCAGAGAGCCCCACUGAGGGCUGAAACCACCUCUGUGUGAGGGGUCAGAGGAGGAGGAAUCAGAGCCUGUAUCACAAGAACAUGAGUGGGUUAACCAGCGGUCUGACCUGACUCAGGUCGUUGGUAUCAUGAAGCUGACCCACUUUAACCAGAGAUAAAAAAAAACAUGAACAUAAUGACACCCAGCUAACAUGCUCUGGAGUUUACAAUAGUGUGAAUAUUAAGUGAUCACGUCAAGUUUGGCUUCUGCAAUAACUAGGAUCAAAACAGGAAGCCCUUUGUUUUAAUACACAAAUGAUUUGUUUGCAUGUUCUGGGAUUACCAAGCAAUACUGGAACUGUUGGACUUGGCCAGAAUACCUCCAAGGUCCUCGGGACAGAAUCUGUACUAAUCAGAAGCUCCAACAUCCUCAACCUGCACCUUUUGAUGCAGAGUAGCAGGGGCUCCACUCUUGAGUUCCCAGGGGUGUGUGAACAGGCAUGUCACACUGGUAGGAGACCCUGAAACGAGCCAUGACACCCUGGAGGAAUAACAUGUCUCAUCUUGCCUUUGUAUGCUCAAGGAUUCCCCAGAUGUGUGCAUGUAAAGUUUAGAAAGUGCUCACUCAUCGUAAGCUAAUACUCUAUUGGUUCUGUGUUUGCAUCUCCACUAUGCUACACAAACUGUUUUCCUGCAUCGACCAAAGCUUGCUCGGAUGGGAUUUUUUUACUACUUGAGCUAUAAGCUGACCAAAAUCUUGUCCCUUGUCCUCUGAUUGCUCCACAUGCAGAGUCUCUUUAUAGAGGUAAGAACAAAAACAUCAACAAAGAUACCUUUCUUUUUCUUACAACCGUGAGCCCAGGCUGUGUGAAGAACAGGACAGACCUCACCAACAACUCAGUGAAUGAUGGUUAAGCUGCCUUUUUUAAUCACUAUCAUGUUAGACUUUUGCUCCCUCAACUCAGGAGAAUACACCGAGUAUUUAAGCUCAUGGUUUAUGCCCAUGUCACAUUAAACACUCCACUUUUGUUUGUGAUGAUGUCGCUCUGCACUAGCUUUGAUUUUCUGUGAUUGUACUCCUUAAAGCUUGAGUAGUAAACUGAACCAGCUUCAGCUUUAGUCAUCAGGAUCAUCAGUGCUAUGCCAGAAUGAAGUUCAAGACCUGUAGUUUAUAUUGAAGUGAAUGUUUGUGUGUUUGAUUUUGACUUUUAAAAAUAUGUUUUUAUAUCAAAGUUUGACUUUUAAUGCAAAAAUGUUGAAACUGAAUCUGUACAACAAAUCAUCUACUCAAAUUAAACCUCCAUCUGUGUGAUUUUA